AUGUCAUAUAAUAAAAACAGUAGUGAUAUUGUUGAAUAUAAUUUUUUUGCUACUUAUUAUCCAUUAUUUUUGGUAAUUAGUGGUACUCUAUUCAAUUCGUUGACAUUCAUUAUUCUUUGUCGGCGAAAAUUUCGAGGUACAAGUAAACAAUUAACACUUCAUUAUAUGCGUGCAAUAGCUAUUUUCGAUAUUCUUAUGUUGUAUGGUCGAAAUUUUGAUCAUUUUCUUUAUUAUGCAUAUGGAUUUACAUUACAAACUUAUUCAAUAUCGUUCUGCAAGUUGUUUUCAUUUUUAAAUUAUUUUACACCACAAGUUUCAGCAUGGCUACGUAUUUUUAUUUGUUUUGAUCGAUAUUUAUCAUUAAGUCGUAUUCAUAAAACAUGGUUUGCUCAAUCUAGAAAUGUUCUUAUCAUUAUUAUAUGUAUUGUGACAAUUUUUACUCUCAUAAAUUUUCAUUUUUUCUUAUUUGCCUGUUAUGAUAACGAUGAUGGUACAGUAAAUAUGGAAGCUCGUCUAUAUGAAAUAUAUCCAUUAUGGAAUUAUAUAAAUUUAGUAUUGUAUAAUUGUUUACCAUUUAUUUUUAUGAUUGCAUUUUAUGGCAAUGUGAUUUAUCAUUUAAUACGUUUUCGUCAUACUAAUAUAAGUCAAAAUUUACGACGUCAAUAUCGCUCGAUGUCAAUUACACUUAUUAUAAUAACCUUUCUUUUUCUAAUAAUGACUAUGCCGGCUACAAUUUGUUCUGGAUUCUUUUAUGCAAGUACAAGUAAAUUUAUUCGUCAUUUAUUUGAUUAUAUUCUCUAUACAUAUCAUAUAUUAUCAUUUCUUAUAUAUUUAAUUACGUUUCGUGAAUUUCGAAAAGAAGUUAUUCUUUCGAUAACACUUUAA